CCGUGCUCACUGGAAGAAUGUGAGCUGGUUAUUGGAAGUGGAUAAGAGUUUGUGUCAUCUAGUCUCGUGUGUUUUCAUCAAGCCGGCGAGGCUGGAAAAUUAAAUAAUACCAUCAGAAUUAGACUUUUUACCGCGCUGCUGCUGCUCUACCUUUAGAAAACCAUGCCCACGUACGAAUUAUCGUUAAUAUUACGGCAAAUGGGAAGGCCCGAGCUUGUCGCAACAUUGAAACGCACAGCAACAGCAAUCUUCGAUAAAGGCGGCAUCAUUCGUAAACUGGACAACUUAGGAACGAAAGCGCUUCCCUUCAAAACCAGCGCCCAUGGUAUCGUCCAUCGGACCGGAUCGUACUUUGUAUUCAAAUUCGACACCCCACCGUCGGCAAUCGAUGAUCUCGAUGAGGAGUACGGUCGGGACGUAGAUAUCGUCCGGAAGCGUAUCUAUCGGGCGGAUUCCUCGCAGCAGGAGGCCAUCUCUUGUACACUGCAUGAAGAACUGCUACCACCCGCGUACCGCAAGGAUGUGCAGAAAAUGAUUGCCACUGCGGAACGAAGUAAAACCAAGAAGGUUUUCCAGUACAACACGGGACUGGAUUACUACCCGUUCCAGAAAUAAUAUGGGGAAGCCUCGUUGCUAGAAAAGUUAGUAAUAAAGGUUAUUUAAUUAUAUG